UAAAAUCAUCUCGUAUUUUUCAUGUCCGCGCUACAAUGAAUAAUAUGAUAGGGUUUCAGGAUGAAAAUCAAAACGAGUUUUUUUUUACAAAAUGUUUUGUCAGGAUUUUUUCUUAAUAUCAAGAGUCAUCUACUGCCCGGGCACUGCACAUGCGCCGUACUUCAUCCUGCAGUAAAGGAAGGGGUUGGGGUAGAUAGAUAGCUCGGCGGCCCGGGCAUAGCACAUGCGCUGUACUUCACCCUGCCGCAAACAAAGAGGUUGGGGUAGCGUAACGCCUCCGAUCGCCCCACCCUAUGCGUCGAACAUUGAUUUAGUCGCGUCGUCGCAACGCAUGGGAGUACACGUUUCUCAGACCGUUCAUGAUAGAAGUGUUGUUGCAUUAGUUGUAGUGGCCUUAAAAAGUGAUAUAUUUUGUUGCAGAGUUAGAAACCGGCUUCGCACCAACUUGAAGGAGAAAGCGUUUAAACAUGCAGGUAUACCUGUGCGUAAGGUAAGCAGAACUGACACCAGCUCUCGGCCGGCACCUCAUGUGGCACCCGCGCCACUGAGAGAUCUCUUCGGGCAGACGGUUUUAAGACUGGACGCAGAGGUAACCCUGAAUAUGCUGAACGCUUCGGAGGCUGAGGAAGCUGACGGCCUCAGCACGGAGAUCAAGCUGGAAUUUGAUUCAGCGUACGACGAAGCGGCAAUUUGAUGUGAUACAUUUAGUUUCCUUUAAGUUACUCGUGUUUUGUACCAGGCUACAGCUGAUGACGAACUGUUGCUGAGCAAUGGGAGCAACCAUACCCUUGUACAACCUACGGUUAACGAGGAGCCCUGCUCGCAUGUUUAACUUGUAUCAAAAUUCAAAAUUUUCUCAAAAUUCCCAUUUCACAGACAUAUUAUGUCACCCUCCCUUAUGACACUAAAAUCUGUAAUUUCUUAAUUAGUCAUUUUUUAUGUGUGUUUUGUAAGAUAUUGUCGGCGUGAGUGAAAUGAUUUUGAUUAUUCGUUUUUGAACUGUCGUGGUAUCCACUAUCAAUUGGUUCCAUUUAUUUAUUUUUAACUUGCUGAGUAGUUCAUUUGUUAUCUCAUAUUACUGUAUGUGACCUGGUGCGUGGAUUGACGAUCUCAUCCAUCGCACACGUCCACUGCUGUUCUACGGAGAUGACAAAAGAAUAAGUUAAUAAUGCUUAAAUGGAACCUUUUGCAUGGAAACUCAUACGAACAAAAAUAAUCGUCCAAAUCAGGGCACGAACAUGCGACGUUAUCUUUAAAAAAGCAUUAAAAAAGAUAGUCUAAUUAAGAAGUUAUUCAUAUUUUAAUGUCUCAACUAAUUGGCAAACAGCAUUGGCUUAUGGGGAGUGGUUGGUUCCAUUACUUUUUGUACCUUGUCUUGGACAAAGAGCGUAUCUCCGUAAGGAAAAGGUUGCCAACGAGUCUGUCAUCUUCUCGAGUAGUCAACCAUUCCCAGAGUGCGCUCUUCGUUCAAAUGUUUAAGAUUAUUUCGAUUAUAUAAUUUUUAAAGUUAGGAAUUCCAGUUUAUUUGUAACGGGUAUCAAGCUUGGUUGGGCAACUACUCACUAAACAUAUUUAGCGCUACAUCUAAAACGUUGUUCUGUCCCGGUCAAUUUCUAACAAUUGACUGACACAGUAUGAUGUUUUAGCUCUAAACAUGCUUAGUAAGUGGUCGUACAAGUGGGCCAAAGUUAAGUUAAAUAUAUUUUGGUUGUGACUUUUACCAAAGAUGCUUUCCGUAGUUAAUUUCUCAAAAUUAUUCACAUUAUGUUAGUUGCUGUGCAUAAUGAAGGAGUGGACACAAAGUGCUACGUCUUUGUAGAUCACUCUUCAUUAUGUACAAGGAUUUUUUUGUGAUGGUCUAGACCUGAAGGUUUUUGUAGUAACAAGCUGCAUAAAGGAUGUCCAUUGGACUUAACCCAAUUAGAAACCUUAAUAGGUGGGAGUUUGGAUUAAGUGUAAUGGCGCUGGAGUGAGUUGAGACGGUAAAUAGUAAUAUUUUAGUAAAAUUUUCCAAGUGCCUUGGGCUGAAAGGAAAGUGUUAUCAGGAACCUUCGGUCUAUUCUGAGUAACAGUUCGGCUGCCUGGAUUUUAAUGUUGUUCCGUAAAUUUUCAGUUCAGGUUUGAUGUACCCUCUGGCGUUGACAAUGAACUCCUCUGUUUCAUUUGUGAUGAUACCCUAUAUAGCCCAAUAGAACCUCGCAUUGCAACUUUUGCUAAGCUCGGAGCUAUGAAGUGACGUUUUAUGACUGCAAUUAGGAUACCAUCAAAAAUAACAGAGUGACCAUUUUGCAGCAAAAUUGUGUAAAUUAUUUCAAUUUCAUUUAAUAAUUUAGUCAUUAUUUGCAAAUGCAAUGCUUUAUACUUCAAAUGAUUUGUGUCUGAGUUCCUUAGCGAGUUUCACCGUUUCUGAGCGUUAUCUGGUGGUGGAACUGUUUUUCUAUAAUAAGUUCUAUUAGUUAUAAUAGGUUGUGUUUUUACAAUUUGUCAAUGCCAGUGGUUUUUGUCCCUUUCCAUACAGAGCUGAAGUUGCAUUACCUUCGUAGUUUUAAUAGAUUUUAGGUCAAGUUACUUGUAACUUCAGUUUUGUAUAGAAGUGACUCGGGUUUUUUUUGAUACAUCGUUAAUAUGUUUCCCAUAUAUUUUAUAGCUGUUGAGUAUGCACCUCGUUGUUAUUUGGUGAGCGACUUUAUACCAAAAUGGCUUAUAAUCAAAACAUUGUUACUAUGAUUUCCUCUGCGUAUGAUUAGUUAUAAUAAUUUAUUUAAAACUUCUUUUUGUUUUUCGUUUAUCAAAUUGGAAUAAAAAUGCAAUAAGCCAACACUGCCAUGUAUGAUUAGCUGUCACUCGGAUGGUUAAUAUCUAUCGUAGAACGUAAAAAUAUUAAUUGCAUAUUUUUAAUUUGAAACUUGCGGGCUUGUCCCACUGCUUAUUGAACAAACUUACCGUUGAACAUAUAUUUUUGUAACAUCUUUUGGUGGGGAGGCAGAGGGGAAUGAUGGAGGGAUUACACCGGUAAACGUGUCCAGCGAGCAGUGGUGCCUUGUGGUCGGUUUCGCUUAUUAGCUCAAAUGAAUAUAAAGCCGCUCAGCAGACUCGACCUGGAUGCUGUUAGCACCGAGCCUCCACGCCAGACGUGAAUGCUCCUCUUUUUGUUUUUUGUUUGUUAUCCGGCCCGCCCAGAUUGUCCUUGUUGUUGGUAUUAGGAAAGAGCUAUCGAAGGUUCAUAAGACUGAGUUUUGUUUCAAGGGAAAGCAUUCCUUGUGGAUUGGAGGCUUUUUCAUAAUGUUUUGCAAUGUUUAUAGCGUAUUAUUAUAUAUUUACUGCUUCAGAUGUUAUAUUUAUAUAGAAAAUUAUAUUUAUUUACAGUUUGAAAGAUAUAUAUUUUUUUUAUUGCCUUAGAAAAUCAUAGGACAAAUUAGUAGAUAGGAAAAUGGCUUUGUAAAUAACGCGUAGAUUUGUGUGUAGAAGGGUUAGUUUAUUACAACAAUAUACCUCAAAUUAGGAAUUAGUAUGCGAUUGGUAAUUUUAAGUUAAAGCAAUGUGCAAAAGGGUGACUGUUGUGAGGAAGGAAACAUCUGGAUAUGCCGGCUGGUACCAUCUCAGAUUGACUAGUGUAGCGAGUGAGAGCUUGUCGCCUCCACAACAUCGGCUGCUCAACAUCUUGCAUUGACCAUACACUCUUGGCUAGGGUAAUAACAUUUCCGGCGGACUCUGUAAAAGGAUCCCGUCGGUUAGUGCCUCGUUAGCGCCUGUGCCGAGACCUGUAUCACGUGCCUGUCUGGUCGAGUCCAGUGACAGCUGCGCCUGUCCGACUCCCAGUCUCUUGGAGCGGCAUCAUCACGCUAAAGUUGCCCUUCUGCACAUGUUUUGUAACAGCAAUAACAAAUGUGCCGUACAGCAAUGCAGUACCUCGUUGUUCUCCGUUAUUGGGGGACAACAUGAUUUGUUUAGUGUCUUUUUGAAGUCGCUCAGUAGCGUCAUUCAUGUCUUAAACUGCCUUUAUUAGUUGUAACAACAAAUAGCCAGCAAAUGUGCAGUGCCUAAGCCAAUCUGAUGUAUUGCCUUUAUUAAAUAUUAAUUCUCUUAAUGUAGGUAAUGAACUUGUAAUAUUACUAAUUCUUUUAAUUUGGGGAAAUGUUGGUUUUAGGUUAGGAUCGUAGUGUUUAAGGAUAAUUUUUUGACAUUGAGAUCUCAUGAAAUAAAGAUAUUUAAUAAACAUUUAAAACUUAGUAAUUAAGAACUUUGUAAAUAUAGCAUAGUGUAAAUAGAAA